UCUCUGUGAUGUUCUGCUUCAGUUCAUGAAGAACAACUACCAGCGGUCAGUGCCGUACACACAGCGGUUAUGUGGGUCCACCAUAAAAACUUACGGAAAAAGGGGGGGGAGGCGUUGCUGCGACUACCCCGAAGGAGAGUAACUGACCUGUAUGAAGCAAUUCGAACCUUGACCCCUCUCCGCAAUCGAUGCUAACUUUAGAUUCUCUGUUAUUAUUAUUUAUUCAUUAAAAGGUUUCUACCCCGCCUUGAACUGCAAGGAAAGGGGAGAUAAAAAUAUUUUAAUAAAGAAAGGAUAAAAAUAAUAGAGGAUCUAAGAUUGGCACCCUAAGUAGGAAAGAGUUGGGGCUCAGGCCUGACUGGAAGCCACAAGCUGGCAUGGAAGGAGAUAGGUACUCUUGACGUUCCCAGUGGCACCCAUGUUCCAGACUUGAUUCCUGGCUUUGGAUGCCGGACGUUCCACUGACGUUACCGACCCUAAUCCGGACCAUAAGGAAGCGGACCCAAAGCUACAGGAGCGGGGAGCUGGUCCAGCUGAGGCAUGUAAGAAUUCGGGGGGGAGCCUUCGGGGAUAGCCGAGAGAACCUGACAGCCGGGCCUCUAAUCUAGCCAAGUUACUCUACAUUCACAUGCUGGGCUAUCCGGCAUAUUUUGGACAGAUGGAAUGCCUGAAGCUAAUUGCCUCUCAGAAAUUCCACGAGAAACGGAUUGGCUACCUCGGCGCUGCCCUCCUACUGGAUGAGAAGCAAGACACCCACCUUCUACUGACCAAUAGCAUCAAGAAUGACUUGUCGCAUCCCAGCGCCUGGGUGCAGAGCUUGGCUUUGAGCACCCUCGGUUCCCUGGGCUCGGCGGCCAUGUUCCGUGACCUGGCCGGGGCGGUGGAACAGCUGGCCCAAGUGGGGCAGCCCUCCGUGCGAAGGAAGGCAGUGGUUUGUGCAGUACACAUUAUCCGGAAGGUUCCGGACCUCACAGACACGUUUGUCGCACUCGGCGAGCAGCUGUUGACUGAACGAAAUCAUAGCAUUUUGCACGGAGCCGUCAUGUUGAUCGCAGAGAUGUGCAGACAAAACCCGCAGACUUUGGAACACUUCCGUAAGCACGUGCCCCAGUUGGUAGGACUGCUGCAGAACCUUGUGGUGGCCGGUUACUCUCCGGAAAGCAGCAUCUCUGGCAUCAACGAUCCCUUUCUGCAGGUCCAGAUCGUGCGGCUGCUAAGAAUUCUGGGACGAGGCAAUGAAGACACCAGCGACAGCAUGAACGAUGUCUUAGCCCAGGUGGCCACCAACACGGAGACAACAAGGAACGUGGGCAACGCCAUCUUGUAUGAGACAGUUCUGACCAUCAUGGGCGUGCACUCCGCCAGCGGACUCCGGGUUCUCGCGGUCAAUAUCCUCGGGCGGUUUCUCGUUAACAAAGAUCGAAAUAUCAGAUACGUGGCUCUGACGUCGCUACAGAAAUUGUUGCAAGAGGAGAGCUCUGCCGUCCAGAGGCACCGGUCCACCAUCUUGGCCUGUCUGUCUGACCCCGACGCAACCGUGAAGAGGCGAGCCUUGCAACUUAGCCUCGCCCUGGUGAACCACAGCAACGUGAGGGCGACCAUCAAGGAGCUCCUGGAUUUCCUCAGCCUCUGUGCCCCAGACCUGAAGUCGGACUGCGCUUCCGGGAUAUUCCUGGCUGCCGAGAAGUUUGCACCGAACAAGCGAUGGCACGUGGACACGAUCCUCCAAGUGCUGACCACGGCUGGCUCAUACGUGCGGGACGACGCGGUCCCCAACCUCACGCACUUGAUUGGCGGCGCGAAGGAACUUCAUGGUUACGCAGUGCAGCAGCUAUACCAAGCGCUGGCUCAGGAUAUCUCUCAGCAACCUUUGGUUCAGGUGGCCACUUGGUGCAUCGGUGAAUACGGGAACCUCCUAUUGGCUGGGAGCUGUGAAGAGGUGGAGCCUAAGCAGGUAGACCCGGAAGAAAUGCUGUCCCUCUUGGAACGUGUCCUCCAGUCGCACCUCUCCUGGCCGGCAACGAGGGGCUACGCGCUGACCGCCCUCAUGAAACUUGGGACCCAUCUCCAAGGCAACAGUAUAAAUCGCAUCCGGAGUCUGGUCUCUAUUUACUGCAGCUGCCACGACAUCGAAUUGCAGCAACGGGCAGUGGAAUAUAAUGCCCUUUUCCGUAAAUAUGACCAUCUCAGGGCAUCUAUUUUGGAGAAGAUGCCCCUUGUGGAGAAAGCUAGUUAUGGUGAGGACGGAAGUGAAAAAGGACAGCCGGGAAGAGAGGCGAACGUUACCGUGAACAUCCCCGAGGUGGAGCAGUGCAGCGAUUCCAAACAACCCGAAUCCAGCCAGGUGUCUGAUCUCUUAAACCUCCUUGGGGAACCUACCGAGCCUUCUCCUUUGCAGCCUGCUAUAGGCACUCCGGUGGCAACAGGAUCUGUCCUGGAUUUACUCAAGGAUCUAAAAACCCCAGCUACCGCUCUCCCCCGCCUGGUCGUCUACGAACGAGAUGAGCUGCUGGUCGAAUUCUCAAUGGAGCGUCCCCCGCUGGAGCCCACGUUAUUGCUCAUCACGGCCACGGUAUCUAACAGGGCGUCCAGUGACGUGACCGGAUUUUCUCUGCAAGUGGCUGUCCCUAAGUCUUUCGAGGUGGAACUCCUAGCCCCCAGCGGGUCCACAGUCCCACGACAGGGUGGUCCCCCCAUCAUUCAGUCGAUCCGCGUUUUGAACCCCAGGAAGCUCCCGCUCCGGAUGCGCCUGCGUCUUGCUUACACCCUGCCCUCUGGUGCAACCGUCCAACAAAUUGAGGAAAUCCACUCCUUCCCAGAGGCCGCGUGGCAGUGACCGGCGAACAGCCUGGGAGAUCCACCCACUCCGUAGGUUUCCAGUGUAGGUUUCCAGCCCGCCUGGCUUUCCCCCAAAACAAAGUCCGUGCAGUUGCAGCAACCGACCACCAGGUGGCGUUUUUAUUCCACCUGGAGGCUUUUGGACUCUAUUAGGGGGUGCAC